AUGAGGAAUCCGCUUUUAUCAUUACAAAACUUAAGUAAUAUAGAAACUUUGAACGUAGAACAAACGAUUCGAAAUUCAUAUGAACUUGCUGAUAAACUCAUUGAACAGCUGAAUACAUCAAACGUCUUGAAAAAACACGAUGUGUUCGAAUUGGAUGAAUUAAGUGGAAAUAUCGGUCAUCAUUUAAAAACAAAAUCAAAGCUUGCUGACAAUUCAAAAAUGGAUAAUGAUAAUUCAUCUGCAAUCGAUUCUGAAUUCGAUCUAGGAGAUGAUAACGACGAUGAUGAUGACGAGCCUAAAGUGGACGAUGGCGACGAACGCUCGUAUGAUAGUAACGAUGAGGACGACAAUAAACCGAUGAAGAUACGCGACAAAAAUUCAAUUUAUCGUCGAACUAAUGAAAUAACAACAAAAGAUCCUUUACCAAGAAUUGACGAGAUACUUGUUCAGUUAGGUGAAUCUGCUUAUUUCACAAAAUUGAACUUUAAAGCUGGCUAUUUUCAAAUGCCAUUGCAUAAAGCAGAUCAACCGAAGACAGCAUUUUCAACGGGGGACAAACAUUUACAAUUUACCGUUAUGCUCCAAGGAAUCAUCAACGGGUCAUUGUCCUUCCAGCGCGUUAUCAACGAGAUUCUUGGUCCAGCAAGAUGGAAGUACGCGUUAGAAUAUAUUGACGUUAUAAUAAUUUAUUCAAAAACUGGAAGAUCAUAUGAUCCAUUUGGAAUACUGGAUACAUUGGACAAGGCCAAUUUCUCGCACACAUAG